AUGGGCUCUGGAAGCAGACCAGGAACACCGACCAGCCAAAAGUCGGAGGUGGCUAUGACUACGGUCAGCGACGUGUCGAAGCUGACGAUUGGCGCUCGGCCUGAAGACGCACCCGUGCAGAACGAAAGGGGCGAGGUGGAGUUUGAGUUCUACGUGCAUUACAUUGAGUUCAAUAAGCGUCUCGACGAAUGGGUGUCCGGCACACGUGCACGACUGGAUAAACCAGUGACAUUCCCGAAGAAGAAAAAUAAAGCAUCUCAUCGGCGGGAGUCACCACUCGGCACUGUGCCGCAGACCCCCGAGCAUAUUCGGCACGACGACGCGGCAUAUACGGCACCUCAGGGCACAGACGGGACGUUUUCAAAGGAGAAGGAGAUUGAGAAGCUAAGGACACAAGGAUCAAUGACGCAGUCGAGCGGCGAGGUUGCACGCAUGAAGAACCUGAAUAUCAUCGAGAUGGGUGAGUUCCAAGUCGAGCCGUGGUACUUUUCGCCGUACCCGACUGAAACAGCAUAUGUGCCAAUCUUGUACAUCUGCGAGUUUUGCCUAUGCUAUUAUACCAACCACAAGCAGUACGAGCGGCAUCGUACAAAGUGCACACUGCAGCACCCACCAGGCAACGAAAUAUACCGCAAGGACGACAUCUCGUUCUUUGAGAUUGACGGGCGGCGGCAAAAGAUGUACUGCCGGAAUCUGUGCCUGCUCUCAAAGUGCUUUUUGGACCACAAGACGCUGUACUAUCGAUGUCGACCCCGCGAUGAGCGGGGCUGCCAUAUCAUCGGGUACUUUAGCAAGGAGAAGGAGUCAGCGGACAACUAUAACCUGGCGUGUAUCCUGACAUUGCCGCAGUACCAGCGCAUGGGGUACGGGCGUGUGCUGAUGCAGUUCUCGUAUGAACUAUCCAAAGCCGAGGGCAAGGAGGGAUCGCCCGAGAAGCCACUCUACCGUGCGUUCUGGUCAGAAGUGCUGGUCGAGCUGCUGGUCGGGUUUGACGGCGAGAUCAGCAUCGAUGAUCUAAGCAAUAUGACCAGCUUUACGACACAAGAUAUCCUGCACGCCCUGUUUAGUCUUGAUGCGAUCCGCGAGCGCGUAAUCGAGCAGUACGAGCGGUUCAAAAAGAAGAAGCUGCGGCGUAUCGACCCCACAUGCCUGAAGUGGACGCCCAAGGUGUUCUCGCAGGCAGAGCUCCGGUACUUGUAA